AAGUAGGUAUUUUUUAAAUUUAAUUCGAAGGAAAUACGGCGGGUUGAGAACCGUGACACCUUUUACCGCUAUCUGUCGGAGAAUUGUGCUCAACACCCUGACAAUUGUGACCGAGGUAUUCCACCUUAACGCCAGUGAAUGGAAGAAGUUUGUGACGUGCUUAACCCAGAUUUUCCACCGUCAAAUGCUCGUGUUUGUACAACAGUUUUCUUAGCAUGUUAUGGAUGUGAAAAUGUGCUAAAUUUAUCGUAAAUUCAUUUAUUACUCAGGUGUUCGUGACAAUGUGUGAUAGCGCUAGCUGCCAGAACGUUAACUAGGUUUUAAAUAUCAAGCUUACGAUAAGUGUGGUGUUGGAGCAGAAGUAAUAUGAACAAUCCAUAUCGUGCGAGACCAGCUAGAGCUAGGGUGGAUCAUGCCGCGGUGUCAGGGUAUGGAUCUCAGAGUCAAAACACUUGGAGUUCUAUGCAGCCUGAGAGACGAUCAGGAAUUUUGCCAGCGAAUGUUUAUCAGCAACAGCCCAAUUCUCUGAUUCAACCUCAGCAGCAGCAGCAGCAGCAGCAACAGCAGCAGCCACAACAGCAAUCUCAUGAUCCCUGGGAUUGGGGUACCGAUAACGGUAAUAAUGGCAAUAGUGAUUCGUGGAAUUCAAACACUGAUCAAAAGUCAGAGUCUCUUCAUCAGCUUUCUCAGCAUCAUCAAUUUCCUUCUGGCCGCACCAAUAAUAGUCAAAGUAUACAGAAUCCACAGCAGGGAAUGUAUUAUCCGAAUUUUAACAGAAAUAGUAGACCCAAUGUACUUAAUCAACAGCCUACUUCUGGUGGGAAUAUUCCACGGACGAGUCUAAGUAGAGAAUCUACACCAAGUAAUAAAGAUGGUUAUAAUCAAUACACGCCUUACGAAUAUAAUCAGCCACCACAACAGCAACAGCAACAACAAUAUCAUUUACCACCUAGGCCUAAUUCUAAGUCAAGUCCUGCUGAUCAUUCGCAAUGGUCUAUCAGCAGUCAACAGACACCAAAUUUACCGUCUCUUGGUAAUAAUUCAGGUGCUCAGCUGGAUAACAUCAAAAAAAUACAGACUCCUCCACUUCCUCCUCAAACAAAUACCUACAAUUGGAACAAUAGCGACCAACAGUUGGAUCCUUCGCUUCGUAACUGGCAAAAUCAUAAUGCCGGGUCAGUCAGUGGGUCCUGGCAAGAACCAUCGUUGGUAGCAAACAAGCAACAGCCCAUAGAAAAUAUUAAUCAGUCUCAACAGGGGCAACAGACUUCUCAAACGUUUGAUCCACCUAAGGAAUAUACUUCGCCAGGACAAUCCGAAUACUACACUAACUGGAACAGUCAACAACAUCAACAGAGUAAUUUGACUAAUCAAUGGCCCUCAAAUUAUUCACGCAAUACUUCAAAUGAAGCAACACAGCCUAUUCUGCAUCAGAAUAUGGGAACUACGGUUAUGAAUCAGUGGCAACAGCCAAUGUUUCAGCCACCUGUUCCUGCUGAAGAACCAGUAGGCACACAAUCCACUCCAUCAAUACUCAAUCAAGCUGAUCAAAAUGUUCCUUCAAAUCAAUGGCAACCACGGCAACCUCAAUAUGAAAAUGUAAUGCCAAAAGAUUGGACCCCUGCACAAAGGCCUGUGGAAUUGGUAGCUUCGGAAAAGGAUUCAAUUUCUGCACCUCAUCAACAACAUGACUCUCUUGAAUCAGCAAAAAAUAAUAAAAGUAUAAACGAUUGGCAACAUGCUCAGUCUCCUCCGUCACAUUUUGCAUCAUCAACAGGCUCUGCAGUUUCUCAUACAUCUAACACUGCGGAGCAAAUUCUAAGUGGUAACAAUCACAAUAAUGAAAGGAAGAGAUCUGUGGGUAUAUUAUCACCGAGUUCCUCGUUUGUAAAUGACUUGCCGAUACCAACAAAACCUAAUGCAAUUGAAAAAAAAAUUUCGGAUGAAUCAAAUUGGCCUGACGGUGAUGUUAAUGUAGCGUCAAAUGCUAUGGCUCAAAAUAACACCGAGGCAGAUUGGUCGACGACUGCGGAAUGGGAUACUAUUCCCACUGCCGAGUUGUCUAGUAGUUUUAGUCAUUUAAGGCUUUCUAACAAAUCUAAUAGGCAAUUGGAAAAUCAGACCCUUUCAUCUGAUAUGCAUUCCUCAAGUCACUCUACAGAUGGCUGGAGUUCUCAACCUAUUUCAGGGUCAGAAAAUCCAUCAGAUAAUUCACCACGUGAAAGUGUAGCCAGUGCACAGCCAGAACCCUACCGUGAUUCAAGUGAAAGAGCUCAUGCUUUAGAGCCUGAACAAAGUUUGGAUAAUCCACUUACCACAUCUCAGUUUGAGCCUCAAGAACAUGUAUUACCUCAAACACAUCAGCCUGAGAACAGUAGGGCUGCCGAAACUGUUCCACAAAAUGCUGGGUAUGAUCAAUGGUAUGCGCAGCGCAAUCCUGUGGCUCAAUCAGAAAAUAGUUGGUAUCGCAAUGAUCAUCAGGGUAAAUCACAAAAGUGGAUGCAUGAGCAGAACAUUGAAAAUUAUGAAAACAUACAGCAGUCUACUGAGUUUGGCAACUUGGAAGUUGUUACCCCUGUCCUGCAGAAACGGAAUAUUUAUGGAUCGCAUGAUUCCAUGAAUAGGGAAACAUUGGACAAUGAACCAAAGGCGAGUGUCAAUCAAAUAAAAGAAUCUAGUACUCCAAGAGACUUUCAAGAAGAUAUUAACAACGUAGAAGUACCUUCACUACUACAGACGCAACAAUCUCUUCAGGUCGAACAGGCCCCUGAUAAUUACGAGUUCGCAUCGAACGAUAGAAACACGUUUUUGGAAACUGGUGAACUAACAGAUUCUCAUCAACAACACGAACCCACUCCACCUAGCCAAGAUGACGAAAAUGACGAAGUUCCUAAUGAUAUUCCAUUCUUAAGGGAAGUUCCUGGUCAGUCUAGUAAUUCUGAUCCUCGUCGAAACGAUCCUACUGGGCAGGAGCAAAAUAUUCAAGUCGGUCCACGAAGCUUGGAUCCUCGUAGAAAUGAUCCGUCAGGUCAAGAACACACUGUUCAAUCAAUAAGAAAUAUCAGUGAUAGAACAGAGCGUAGAGAUGUUCCACCUGGUCAAGAACGCAAUGGUCCAUUACCAUCACGGACCGAUACAGAGCUACCUGAACGUAGAAAUGAUCCUUCUGGCAGAGAAAGAUCAUUACCCCCUCAACCACCUAGAAACGAUAGUGUAACAGACAAUCGAAGAAAUUUAUCGGAAACUAGGCGAAAUGAUCCUUCUGGGGAAGAAUGUUUGCAAUCGCAGCCAGUUGUGUCAGAGCCAGCUGAUCUGAGGGAAGUACCUGGCAGAGGAAACGAAAAUGAAGAACCUGUUCAGCAGGCAGACAGCGGCUUGCGCCAAAUUCCUGGUGGCGCAUCGCCCAGUGAAGAAAUUCAAGUGGCUAACGAUAGGGAUGAUGCAAGAGUAGUUACUGGAUCCCAGGAAGUAGCAGCCCUAAUCCCUGCAAGUACGAAACAUGAUCAAUCGAACGACUCUCUGAGCAAGCGGGAAGAAGCUGUUGGUGCUUCUUUGGGUGAGAGCCAAGGUGGUGCUGGGCAAAUAACCAGAAUUGAUUCCUACGAAGAAGGGGAUGAUGAAGGAUCGGGAAACAGUAGGGAUGAGAGCAGAGAACGUCGAAGGGAAAGAAGUCCAGAACGACGUGGUUAUGAAUACGACAGAAAAAGUAGAUACUACGAUCGGGACCGUGAUCGCGAUUUCGAUGAAGAAUACUAUUAUGAAUCCCGACGAGGAGGUGAUUUUGACCGCACUUAUAAUUCUCGAGAAGAUCUUGAUCGACGAGAAGGUCCGUACAGAGAUGACGAACGGCGUCAUACCAGUAGGGACGAUUUAGAUAGACGGGGAAGAGAUAAAGAUGAUCCAGAUAAUCAAAAAAUAAGAUCUAGGCCAAAGGAUGACCUCGAAGAUAGAAGGAGAAGGGAUGACGACAGAAGAAAAGUACGAGAAGAAUUAGAUGCAAGAGGAAGAGACACCAGAGAUUAUGAUCCUAGAUAUUUCCGAGACAGAGAAUACACUGAUCGAGACAGAAGAAGAGAGCCCGAUAGGCGAGGGCGCAGAUAUGAAGACUAUGAGCCUCGGGAUCACUACAGACGAGAUUACUAUGAAGAUCUGUAUGCUAGAAACUCCAGGCCAUCCAGUAGAUCAUCUUACAACGACAGAGAUCGAGAUUAUUAUCCUAGGUCAAGAGAUCCACAUUUUGGACAUAAUGUCUACGGUGGUGCAUAUGCGGAUUAUGGUGCAAAUUAUGGAUCCAGUUAUUACGCGUAUUUGGAGAAUAUGCGACGAACUAAUCCUGCUGCUUACAUGGAAUGGUAUCAAAAAUAUUAUGCCUCCCAACACCAACAAGCACAUGCUGUUAGAGGAAAUACUAGCUACCCUGAGGAUAGAGCUAGUGUUCAUUCAGGACGUAGCUCAUGUGACGAAAGUUUAUGUGACAGGACAACUGGAGACAAGCGUACGAUAGGUGAUAUUUCCCUAUUAGAAGAUACGACAAUUGGAUCGGCAAGACUGACUCCAACCAAGUUUUCCACAUCCCAUGUUCAAGCUAGUUUCUCCACUGGCUCGUUGGUUCACGUGCAUGCAAGUUAUCCGGCUGAUGGAGAACUUGCUAGAGUGGAUGUCCUUCGCGUGUCAAGUCUACUCGCACACGAUCCUGUUGUACGAGAACUAGUGGCAUAUCCUGGCCCUCUGAUUAAGCAAGUGGGUGUGACUCACAAGAAGACUAUCAUUGAAUACUGCGAAGCCAAGAUUAAAAAAGCAGAAUGCAGUGAAGAUGUGGAUGAUCCGGCGUCUUAUAUAUUGUUGUAUAAACUUAUGGUGAUGCUGAUUCGACAGAAUGGGAAUGUCGUUGGAGUUGACAUAGCAGAAUUAUUGCUCUCGAAUCAGAAGUCCUACCCAUACACUGGAAAGCAGCGAGAAGUGCGGCUCAGAAGAGAAUCUGUCAUUUCUCAAAAGUCUGUUGGUACAAGCGGUGAUGAGCUUAACAGAGACACCGUUACACCCUUGGACACAGACGAUACUGGAAACCUAAAUAAACCACUUUCCACUGAUCAGGUCACUGAUCACUUUAGGGAAUUGCUUUUAUAUGGUUGCGGCCAAGAGGCAUUGGAAUAUGCAAUGGAUAAGGGACUCUGGGGACAUGCCUUGUUCCUAGCAAGUAAGCUAGAUAAACGAACGCAUGCAUCUGUUAUGACUCGAUUCGCCAAUGGCUUGAUGGCAAACGAUCCGUUACAGACUUUGUAUCAACUACAAUCUGGUCGAGUACCUGCUAGUGUUACAUGUAUCGCAGAGCCAAAAUGGGGUGACUGGCGACCUCAUCUUGCGAUGAUAAUAUCUAACACAUCUCCUAAUCCUGAAAUUAAUCGAAAAUCGAUUACAACCUUGGGCGAUACUUUGUUUGCUCGAAAUCAUGUACACGCCGCCCACUUCUGCUACGUUUUAGCUCAAGUCGAUUUUGGACCUUACGGAAUGCCGAAUAGCAAGCUUGUUCUGCUCGGAUCGAAUCCUCACAAACCAUACAACGUUUUCGUAACAAACGAAGCUAUCAUGCUUACUGAGAUUUACGAGUACGCUCGCAACCUUAGCGAACCUGGUUUUACGCUAAUCGAUCUGCAGACUUUCAAAUAUGGACUGGCUGUAAAAUUGGUGGAUUAUGGACUCACUGAAAAGGCAUUGUUAUACAUCGAACAAAUUGCUGUAAAUAUCACUCGUGAGCCAUCAAAAUACCCGAUUUCCUUUGUGGAAAAGCUUCACAACUUGGGUGACAGAAUUAAGUACAGUGAUCCAGUAUGUAAGGAUUCAAUCGAAGAUGUCGCUAAUCUUGGAUGGUUGAACAGCCUGGUAGAAAUCCUCAAUAAAUACAAGACUGGUGAGAUAAUUAAAGAUGGAACGUAUGAUGCACAAAAUGAUAGCACUAACCAACAACGAGAACAGUAUGAAAGUCAGCAAACACAACAGCAGUGGGUUGUAGCUCAGUCUGAAUAUUCAGAUGGUCCAACUUCUCUUAUGGAACCCACUACAUCCGACGUGAAAAGUGAUUGGCAGCCAAUGUCUUUGCCUAACGCAGUUCAAGAUCCGUAUAUACCAAGCGGUCAAACUUCGCAAUACAUCGAAAAUUCAGUUGACUCAGCUCAGCACCAGCAACCGCAAUCGCAGGUAGAUUAUUGGAGACAGCAAAAUUACACUCAACCUGAGUAUAGUGCUCCAGAUUAUUCUACCGAGUGGCAACAACACUCGGAACAGCUCCAAUAUCAGAAUGAACAACCAGACAAUACGGAUAAUGUACAACAAGAAUGGAACUAUGAGUCAGAGAAGGAAGAGAAGCCACCUACGCCUGAUCCUCAGCCAGUGAUAAGUAUGGGACCAUCCACAAAUAAGCAAUACGACCCGUUAGCAGAACUUGACGCUUUGGAUACGCCAGGGCAGACUCCAAAACCAGAUGGAGAAAAAAAGAAAGCACCUGGAAAACAAACGGAAAAGAAAAAUUCUAGCAGUGGGGGUUCGUGGUUUGGAGGAUUCUUCAGCAAACUUGCUCCAAAACCAAAAAAUCAGAUGAUUUUACCUGACGAUAACAACCCAGCAAUUGUGUGGGAUGCAGUUAGCAAAAAGUGGACAAACAAAGAUGCAGAUGGUGAGGAUAGCUCUGGUGCCUUGGCGCCUCCACCAAAAGCUUCGGAAAUGGGUUUCAGACCACCACAAACGGAAUCAGUGCUUCCGCCAAUGACGAUGCAGUUGUCUGGUGACAAUAAAGUGGGCCAACUAAACGACAGUUCUAACAGCAAUGUUCAUAAACCACCUUCUGGAAACAACAUGUUCAAAAUGCCGAGAGGCCGAAGCGCAAGGACAAAUUACAUUGAUAUAAUGAAUCCUGGAGGAUCUAAGACUGGUGGCGUUGCACCAUCUGUAACACCGCCUAUAGCUGCUGCUCCGGUACCUCUUGCUGCGUCAUCGCCUCAAUUUUUCAUUCCUGCACCAGUUAAUGAUCCAGGUGCUCCGGUUGACUUUUUGACAUCUGCUUCAGUAGCCAAUGGUGACAUUACGCAGCAGGGGCUCUCUCGGUGGAGCUCGGCAAGCUCGCUUUCACGAGAGGUACAGAGCUACACUAUGAGGGAUCCGCGUCUCCUUCAACAAGAAAAGGGACCAAUGAUGUUCAAUCCAACAGACGUGAAGGAUUCCACUCUCAAAAAGGCGUCACGAAAUAGAUAUCCACCACGAUAAGUUUGCAAGUUGCAUCACGUAGCUUGAAUAACAUUUUUAUACAUUCACAUAAUGAACUGAAUAACAGGGCGUUGAGUCUAGCAUGUUCAUGAUUAAGUGGUUAUACUACGACUAGCUAGGAAAAGAAAAAAAAAGAAAACAAGUUGCAUCUUUUCUUGCGAGAAUAUUAGUAAUGUUCUUGACAUGAAAUGAUCAGAGAAAUGGCUAUAGAUUUUCGGCUGCCAAUUGGGCUUUCAGUCCCAUAGUUACUAAUUAUAAGUAGGAAAAUGUUAUGAAUUUUUAAAGAAAAGCUCUGUAAUAUGGAUUGCUCUGAGUAUGAUGCAAAAGGCUCACUUGAAAAAUUCGUUUUCGUUUCUACUUGUUAUUUUAUAAACUACAAAUGUGUAGUUACUUUCGUUAGUUUUCAAGUUUUAGACUACUUUUGAGUAAAGGAUUCCAUUAGGUGUGUUUAUAUGGUAUCGGUUUUUUUAUUUAGUUGAAAUUUGAUUCGAUUAGUCGAAGCACUGAGGGUUGAAAUAUGAAACUUUUCAGUGCCUUUUUGUAUAUAAAUUCUAAACCGCAAAAUUGUAUGUGUAGUUUUAUAAUACAGUCUUGAACAAUAUUAUUACUGGACAAGGGGGGAUAUCUAUACUGAAGAUAAAUAAAACACUAAUAAACUUAUCUAGUUUUAAACAGAAAUUGGCGGAUGAAUUUUUUGCAAUAAAUUCCUUCACCUCAGGUAUCUGUGCCUAUCUGGAACUGAAAUCAUUGUCCUUUAUUUAAUGGUAGUUUCAAACUAAUUUCCAUUUACAUUCAUGAAUGUUUAAAUAAUAAUUUUCAAGAGUUGAUUAAAAUUUAUUAUGUCAAUCUUAUCGUACGCUUAUACAAUUGGUUUAUUUGUUGAAUUUCACCAGAAACAUUUUUCACAUCACUGUUAAAACUGUUGUUCAGAAGCUUCGAACUACUGUCACAAUUAGUUUGUUGACAGAAGCCUUUGUUUUUACGGCAAUAUUUAAUAAGCUUGUUUGUCGCAAGCUUAUGAAUAGUGAACUGUAUGUUCAUUUAAAUCCUCGAUUCAAGACAACUGUUAUUGGCAUGCUUCACAAGCUGUACGAAUAUUUCGAUACUAAAUUGGUAGCACAACUUUUUGAGUGAAAAUGUGAGUAAAAAAUUACUACACUAACCGUAGAGUAAUAAUAAUUCGGUUAAUUGAAAGAAUAGAAAAUAAUAAUCUUAAGAACUGCCGUUCAAUGCUGUUCCAAUGGUGCUCUCGUACAGUUAUGUUACGUACAGUCGUAUCAAGUUGGUUCAUAGUGUUUUUUUUUUUUCAAUGUGGCUUACACAGAACGUCGUGGAUAAAAGCUGUACAUUUCCUUAUGACAUUAUUUGUAAAAAUGAGCAGCUUGCACUAAUGAUGCUCGUUAAGAUUAUAUCAAUUCCGAAAUAGCUCAUUUUUUGGUACUUUUUAUUGUCAACGAUAUACGAUAGUCAUUAGUGAAUAUUUCAGCAAUUGUAUGUAUUUAAUGAAUCGGGCCUCAAUGGUUGAUGGCCUAGCACUCCUGCAAGUGAAAUGCCUGGCUUCUUUUCCAUACUAUGCUAUGCUUAUACCAUUAGAGCUUAUAAUUCGACUGAUUGUUAGUUGUCUCUUGUUGAAGUCUUAAUUCACUCGCAAACAGUCGAACAAUAUUUUCCAAAUUGCUCGAACUAGGAAGUUGAAAUAAUUGUAAUUUUAUCAUGCAGGCGAUAUUUAUUGUAAAUAGGUAAUUGGUUGUAAUUUUUGAAGUGAACUUCUGCCAAAAUGAUGAAGAAAUGAUUCUUUUAAUUCGCUCUAUGUUGGAGCGUAAAAAGUACCAUAAACGUAUGUUAUUAUACGGUUAAUAAUGGCAAAGGCAGUCUGAAUGAUUGAUUCAUAAUAAGAUAUAAACAAUAUAAUGUUGAUUAUUUGAAUAUGGAAUAUCAAGCCAAGGUAAUCAAUUAAAAAUGAAUUUUUUUCGCCUAUGCUACUGUUUACAUUAAAAACACUUUUAUAGUCAUUUCCUGCAAGUAAAGUAAGUAGUGAUAUUUUAAGGAAAGAAAUGUCAUAACUUUCGAAAAUAUUUCAAUCUUUGUUUUCUAUGUUUGAUUUCAUGUUGUGUCACAAUUGUUUAAUUAUUUAUUGAUUCUGUAGGAUUCGUACUAUCGAUUUAAUUCAAAUUUAUACAUAUAUAAAAAUAUUUUUUGUGUUUGAGUCACCAUAUGUUAUUCGAAAUAAUUGGAAUUAGCAGUCUGCAGCUAUAAAACUAUUAAUUUUUGUAUCAAACUUUUAGUUUAAAUAGUGACCCAAAUAGUGUUUAUUUUAACUCUAGCAGACAAGUUGAAUUUGUACAGAAAAUAGAUGUUAAAUUAUUAAUAGCCCUCUAGCUACUUGAAAGAAAUGCAUUCCCGAAUGUCGUGCUGUAAAUUUUCACUAUUGCUUUGACUUGGGGAUAAUGACAAUUCAUUCGAUUCCGUUCGUUUGUUAUAUUUUAUUUUUUUACGAGCAGAGGAUUCACCCAAUUCGGUCAUGCUAAUCACCUAAAACUAUUCGUGAGUUUAGGAGUUGUUGAGAAUAUUUCCUUUAAUUGCUGGAUACAAAAUCCUCACCAUGUUUUUUGCUCAUAUAGCGAUAUGUACUCAUACCUGUGAGUGUACCAACUAGAAAUUACGUUGAAAAACCAUCUUAUGCAUAGGCUGUUGAUCAAAACAGACCUGACACGAUAUCUGUGUUGUUAUGAAACGGAAGUAUUACGUGAGCUGUAUGUUACGUAUGUGUAAGUUUGGGAAGAGAUGUGAUUUGGUUUGAGAUGUAACAUAUUAUAUUAUAUUGCAAUUCAUCCAGAGUUGAUGUGCGUUUAUGGGUAGUACAGAUAAUGUGUAUUAUAUAUGAUUAUAUUAAUUAAUGUCAUUUACCACAAUGAUAAUAAAAUGUAUUACGAAAUCUA